AUGUCCGACGUGGAGAGUGAGCCCUUGCUCCGUCCCGACACUUUUGGACAUAUCGAACCUUAUGUAACCGCUGAGCAGUUGCAGCAUGCGAAGAUUGAGCGAGCUAUUGACAACGAUGUUCUCCCAGACACAUCUCUUGUCGGCAGAAAUAUUGGUUGGGGAAGCGCUUACAUCUUGGUCAUCUCACGUGUCGUCGGAAGCGGGAUCUUUGCGAUGCCUGGAACGAUCGUUCAGAAUGUUGGAAGCCCUGGACUCGCUUUGAGCAUUUGGAUCAUUGGAGCAUUUGUGGCGUGGGCAGGCCUCGCUAUCGAUAUGGAGUAUGGAUGCAUGCUGCCACGCUCGGGAGGAGUCAAGGUGUAUCUCGAAUACACCUACCGUCAGCCUCGCUUUCUGACAUCUACGCUGGUUGCUCUACAGGCCGUGCUUCUCGGUUUUACAGCCAGCAAUUGCAUCGUCUUUGCCAAGUACACCUUGUUUGCAAUUCGAGUCCAGCCAACUGACCUGAUGACGAAGCUUCUUGCCGUAGGACUGCUCACUGCAAUUACACUCGUCCACGGCUGCUUCUAUCGCACUGGAAUAUUGAUUCAAAAUGUACUUGGUUGGAUCAAGGUUGUCUUGAUAGUACUUAUGAUCAUGACCGGAUUUUUUGUAGUACUCUUCCGGGCGCAGACGCUCAAUAACGCGUUCAGCUCAGCCAACAUUACGUUUUGGGAUGACCUAUGGAAGGACUCCAACUGGGCCUGGAACAAUCUGUCUACGGCGUUCUUCAAAGUUUUCUACUCCUAUGCUGGAUUGAGCAACAUCAACAACGUUUUGAACGAAGUCAAGGACCCAAUCCGAACGUUAAAGUCUGUCGGGCCUGCAGCACUUUUGACGGCUUGCAUCAUGUACCUGCUCGUCAAUGUUGCCUAUCUGGCAGUUGUUCCCCUCGAGGAGGUGAAGCAGAGUCGCGAGUUGAUUGCGGCUCUCUUCUUCGAGCGCGUGUUUGGAGCGGGAUUUGGCAAUGUUUUUCUGCCAUUGGCUAUCGCGCUCAGCGCGGCUGGGAAUGUUAUGGUUGUGACAUUCGCUUUGGCCCGACUUAACCAGGAAGUUGCACGACAAGGCUUUUUGCCAUGUUCGAAGCUGCUGGCGUCCUCCCGACCAUUCGAUGCACCGAUGGGCGGCUUGAUAGUGCACUACGUGCCUUCGCUUUUGGUCAUCAUUCUUCCUCCCUCGGGGACAGUCUAUGCUUUCAUUGCGGACGUCGAAGGCUACGCAGGUCAAUACUUUGCAGUUGCGGUCGCUGCCGGUCUUCUCAUUCUCCGUAUCAGGAAACCGGAGUUGAACAGACCUUUCCGAGCAUGGCUACCAGCAGUUUGGCUCCGAGUUGCGCUUUGCUUGGCCUUGAUACUGGCACCCUUGUUUCCCCCCCCAAAAGGCACGUCUGAUGUCAGUUUCUUCUACGCCGCCUAUGCAUUGGUUGGUAUUGCGAUUAUCGCUUUUGGCGUGAUCUACUGGUUCAUCUGGACCAUCGCUUUGCCUCGAUGUAGAGGCUAUAGACUCGAGAAUGAGCCUGACAUCCUCGGUGACGGCACAACCAUCACGAAGCUUGUUCGCAAAGAUUGUUAA